UGUGGACUGUUGGCUGCAUUGAGCGACGUGCGCGUUGCCGCCGCACUGGCCGCAGGGAGUUGUAGAUCUCGCCUUGACUGCUGACGCGAGUGAGUAAGUGAAAAGAACUACAAAGGACCAGCAUGCAACGCUCCCCUCCCCGCACACACUUGCUUCCGGAGCCUGUCAGCGAUGCCGAUCUACUGAGCAGAGAGCCGAUGCUAACUGCCCUCCAGAAAAGGUCCCGGCCUGAGCCAGCAAAAUUUACGUUGUCAAGUGCUCUGCUCAGUUUGGGUCCACAGAGGGUGAUCCGUGAAGCCUCUGGACUAGUCAGAAGCCUACUAUGUCUACAUUCAGAUUUGGACAACACAUCAUCAAGUCCUCUGUAGUUUUCCUGCAGAGUGACUUGUCCUUUGCGUUGGUGAACAGGAAGCCAGUGGUCCGUGGACAUGUACUUGUUUGCCCAAAAAGAGGUGUGGAACGUUUUCAAGAUCUACGACCGGAGGAGGUGGCAGACUUGUUUCUUGCAAGCCAGAAAGUUGCAAAGAUUGUGGAAGAGCAUUUCCAAGCAACAUCUCUGACUAUUGCCAUUCAGGAUGGCCCCGAAGCUGGACAAACUGUGAAGCAUGUACAUGUCCAUAUUCUUCCAAGGAGGACAGGAGACUUUGAAAGAAAUGACAACAUCUACACAGAGCUCCAGAAACACGACCAAGAGACACAUGAAGGAUUAGGCCAAUGGAGGAACGAGGAGGAGAUGGCAUCGGAGGCAGCUGACCUCAGGAAGUACUUUGUCUAGUCCAUGACAGAUACACCAAGAAUUUGGUCAGUGCAUCAGCCUUGAGAAGAACGAGGAUGAGGAAGAAGAAUGUAGAAGAUGAGACCAUUCGAUGCCCAUUCAGAUUAGAAUUUCUUUUUGAAUUACUCCUAUUGUUGUGAUUGUUAGCUGACAGGUAUUUUCAUUGUAUUGCAUUGGAACAGGAGUCAAGUGUGUCAUUAGUAGUGUAAGGAGAGAAAUUCCACCUGGGCCUCAAUUUAUUUAUGUACCAUUAGAGGGUCCAGAGUUUUGGCAAAUUAUUUUGAAUCCAGUCUUAACUUUGAAGUCAUUUUUCUGGAUACGUUAAAGGGAUUUAUAGAAAAAUAACUUCAAAAUGAAGCCUGUAUUUAAGAAUUUGGCAAGUUCUGUAAAUGCUACACAAAGAAAGGAGCAUAUCUAGAUCUAGGUGGAAUUCAUCCCCAUAAUUCUUCGCAGUUAUGAUGUAGUUAUAUGCACAUUACCUUAUUAUUGUUGAACACCAUGAGCCACAGCACUGCUUUAGAUGCAGUGAAAAUGAAGCUGUCCAACAACAACAUAUACAGCGUCCUUUACGCAGCGUGGCAUCUUGGAGCCCCUCACCUGCUGUCCAUGAUAUGUUUGUAAUGUGGAACCACUGUUUUUUACCAGAGUUAAUUCACUGUUAUGAUUUAAGCUGGACCACUUGAAACUCGCUCUCCUUCUUUACUGUCCCCUUGUUAUCACAAUUGGCAGCAGUUUGGUUCAUUUCAAAUCUAGUCAUCAUUACUUCUUCUUUCUCUCCUCAAUAGAACAGCAGCUGCUGUAAACAUAUACUGCUUCACUGAUUGGUUUUGUAACAUCUCAAGUGAAGUGUUGAACUGUUUCAAGAUUGACAAGUUUCAGUCAAAAUAAUAGUUUUGCUGGUGACCUGUAUAUAUGACUGCGUUCCUUAUUGUGGUGACUUGUUUCAAAUAUAGUUGUUCUACCCAGUCUUGAAAAAAAUUAAUAAAU